AUCCCCAUCCCGAUCCCGAUCCCCAUCCCGAUCCCCAUCCCCAUCCCGAUCCCGAUCCCCAUCCCGAUCCCUCCCGCGGCUCCCACCAGGAUCCGGGGCCAUGACCCAGGGAAAGCUCUCCGUGUCCCACAAGCCCCCCGAGGGGCAGGGGGGGCACAAGGACACCCCCGUGGCCCCCCCAGGCCCCCCGUCCUACGAGGAGGCCACGGCGGGAGAAGGGAUGAAGGCCGGGAAUGUCCCCCCCCCACCCCCCGGCUGGAAUUUUGGGGAUCCCGGCCCCGGGAGCGGGGAAUUCCCGGGGGACACGGAGCCGCUCGGGCCCCUGGGCUGGGACGACGGGAACGUCCGCAGGCUCUUCGUCAGGAAGGUUUACGCGCUCCUGCUGCUGCAGCUCCUGCUCACCACGGGGGUCGUGGCCUUGUUCACCUUCUGUGAUCCCGUCAAGGGCUACAUCCAGACCCACCCCGCCUGGUACUGGGCUUCCUACGCCGUUUUCUUCCUCACCUACCUGGUCCUGGCCUGCUGCUCCGGUCUCAGGAGACGCUUCCCAUGGAAUCUGAUCCUGCUCGGAAUCUUCACCCUCUCCCUGGCCUACCUCACUGCCAUGCUCUCCAGCUAUUAUGACACCAAGGCGGUGCUGCUGUGCCUGGGAAUCACGGCCCUCGUGUGCCUGGGAAUCUCCAUCCUCAGCUUCCAGAGCAAGCUGGAUUUCACCUCGUGCCAGGGAAUCCUGGCCGUUCUGCUCCUGGUCCUGCUCCUGGGGGGGAUCCUGCUGGGCCUGCUCCUGCCCUCCGGAUACGUGAGUCAUUCCCAAAAAACCCAAACAC